GGUUUACAGUGCGUCUCUGCUCCUGAAGCUCUCCAUAACUCGAGCCUCAAGCCAAACCUCACCCGCAUCACCAUGAAGAUUUCGAUUCUUAGUAUUUUGGCGGUGCUCGUCGUUGGCGUUUCCCUGGCGCAGGACAUCGAACGGAAGACCGAAGAAUGUGACACGGAGGGCGGAUGUGUGGAGAGAGCUGAAGACAUCGAGAGUCAACUCUCGCCGGCCGAGGGAGAGGGCGAGGCCAUGGAUGUCGAGGACCCCCUCAACCUGGUCGACAGAUGCGACGACACCCCGAAGAAGUGCAGCGACAAGAACGGCGUGUGCAUCAGCCGCAGGCAGUCCUGCGCUGGCAACACGGAGGACUCCGACUGCAAAGGCAGCGACCAGACUUGCUGCAUGAAGCACCAGUGCAGCAACACCCCGAGGGAGUGUGAGAGAAACAACGGCAUCUGCAUCAACAGAAUGGACAACUGCGCUGGCAAGACGCAGAAUAAUCUCUGCGAAAACGAGCACUGCACUUGCUGCAAGAAGGACGAGUGCAGCAAAACGACAUCGAAGUGCUCCAGCAAGAGAGGCAAAUGCAUCAACAUCAUGGACUACUGUGACGGGAAGACGGACAGCGAUCUCUGCGACAGCAAGAACUGCACGUGCUGCUACUCUUCCAAAUGAGUCAGAUCCUUCCGUCCUCCUCUGUUCCUCUUCCUUUCUCCUUUGUCAACACUCACGAUUCUGCUUGUCACUUCACUGAAUGUCACUGGAGCGAAAGGGUCCUUGCAGUGAUCAGUAUUGUGUUUGUUGCAAUCAACAUGAGUGCUUUACUAUGUUGUAAAGGUGUUUUGAAUACGACCAGUUUAUGUCAAUGUAGUGGUUGCUUGUAACCGCAAGGGCUACACAAACCUGCAACAAAGAGCACUGAAUAUCUCCUUUUCAUGCGUCUUCCUUUCUACGAGUAUUAAAGAAUGUUGUAGCAA